GGGAACAAACCUUUUCUUUCUCUUUGUUCCGGCCUCACGGAAGCAAACAUGGCGGCGGAGGGAGACGUCGAUUUGGACCUGGAAGCCGAGGAAAAUUGCACUGGGAAGCCGGUGGAAAAGCCUCGGAAACAUGAUAGCGGAGCCGCGGAUCUGGAGAGAGUCACGGACUAUGCGGAGGAGAAGGAAAUCUCCAGUUCCGACCUGGAAACGGCCAUGUCAGUGAUUGGAGACAGGAGAUCGCGAGAACAGAAAGCCAAACAAGAGAGAGAAAAAGAGCUGGCCAAAGUCACCAUCAAGAAAGAGGACGUAGAACUAAUCAUGUCCGAGAUGGAGAUCUCGCGGGGCGUGGCCGAGCGCAGCCUGAGGGAGCACAUGGGCAACGUGGUGGAGGCUCUGGUGGCUCUGACCAACUGACUGGAUGGACCUCGGCACCUGAGGAGCAGCAGCUUUUACACACGGGACUGCUUCAUGUUUCUACGAG